GUGAAUCCCGCCACUAGCAACGAUUUAACCACCAACCCCAAAUUAACUUUCGCACGCACUCGAUCUACCAAACCGUCCCCACCCCCCCCUUCUCUCUCUCGCUCCUAUUGUGAUUCGUGAGAAAGAGACUCUCUGCCCGUGCCCACUAAUCUCUGUGCUCUGAAACACUCGUCUACAAUGGCGAGGGUUUUCACAAAACCAGAGGCCUUCGGAUUUCGAAUUUGUCUACUGUCGAUUAUGGCGUUUGGCGCCAUUGCGAGAUCUGAUCAGGACACGAGGCAGAGAUUUUACGGCGACCUCUCACUCAAUUCGACGGCGCCAAACUCCGGCGACGGCAGCAUCGCCAAGAUGUUCGACCGCGUUCUUGAAAAGGAAUUCUCCGAAAACGAUCAGCCCGAAGGUUCUGAUGCAAGCAGCUUCAACAAUAGCGUUGCUGGUCAACAAGCUGAACUGGAGACCGUUGCUAAAAUCACACAUGAGAAGGGAAAAGGGAAUGAAACUCAAAAGACAAAUGGUACAAAAUCAUUCCAGUUUCAAGAUGUGUUUUCCCUAGAAAAUGAAGGUUCUGACGACGUUACAACCUUGAUAGACAAAAAGGAUAAUGUGUUUGUGAUGUCAAACAAAAAAUCCAAAUACCCAGUUCUUCAAGUAGAUUUAAGGCUGAUUUCAGACUUGGUCGUGGUUAUAGUUUCUGCUGCCAUUGGUGGAAUCAUCUUUUCUUGUCUAGGACAACCGGUAAUUGUUGGUUACCUUCUUGCUGGUUCACUCAUCGGUCCUGGAGGUUUGAAAUUCAUCAGUGAAAUGGUACAGGUUGAGACUGUUGCUCAGUUCGGAGUUGUCUUCCUUCUGUUUGCUUUAGGGCUGGAGUUUUCUUUGACAAAGUUAAAAGUUGUUGGUCCCGUUGCUGUUCUUGGAGGACUACUUCAAAUAGCUGUAUUUAUGUUCCUGUGUGGCAUAACUGCUUUGUUAUGCGGCGCAAAACUAUCGGAGGGUAUAUUUGUUGGCUGUUUCCUUUCUAUGUCAUCAACAGCGGUGGUUGUGAAGUUUCUGGUAGAACGGAACAGUAACAAUGCUCUUCAUGGUCAGGUUACCAUCGGGACACUUAUUUUUCAGGAUUGUGCUGUUGGUUUACUAUUUGCUUUGCUCCCAGUUCUUGGUGGUAAUAGCGGCAUUUCACAAGGAAUGAUCUCGAUUGGGAAGCUGCUGCUGGUUUUGUCUGUAUAUCUAGCUGUGGCAUCUAUAUUGACUUGGUCAUUUAUUCCUCGCUUUCUAAAGCUAAUGAUACGGUUAUCAUCUCAGACAAAUGAACUUUACCAGCUAGCUGCAGUGGCAUUUUGCUUGUUAUCUGCUUGGUGCAGUGACAAGCUCGGCCUUAGUCUUGAGUUGGGUUCAUUUGUUGCUGGAGUUAUGAUAUCAACCACUGAUUUUGCGCAGCAUACUCUAGACCAGGUGGAACCAAUACGUAACCUAUUUGCUGCUCUCUUCCUUUCAAGUAUUGGGAUGCUCAUACAUGUCCAGUUCCUGUGGGCCCAUGUUGAUAUAUUGCUGGCAUCUGUUAUUCUGGUUAUUGUUGUUAAGACCACCUUUUCUGCUGUGGUUACUAAGGCCUUUGGUUAUAGCACUAGGACAUCGUUUCUCGUUGGAGUAUUGCUUGCUCAGGUUGGAGAAUUUGCUUUUGUUCUUUUAAGUCGUGCCUCAAAUCUUCAUCUUGUUGAGGGAAAAAUGUACCUUCUUCUUCUUGGAACAACAGCUCUUAGUCUGGUAACAACUCCGCUCCUUUUCAAGUUGAUCCCUGCGAUGAUGCACUUGGGAGUUCUCAUGCACUGGUUCCCCUCAGAGAGCGGCAUUCAGAAUGAGGAGAAAGCUUCCAUGAUCGAAGCUAACAGAUUUUUGUGACCUUUGAAGUGGGUGGUUGAUGGAUCGUAUCAAAGGCGUCGACAAGACAUUCAUACUGCAAAUUUAGAUGGUUUUGUCUCACAUAUCUACGAUCACAACUAAGUUUGGCGUUCAUGUAGAUGUAGAGUAUACGAUACUCCUAGAGCCAUAUAGACCACUGUAAAUAUGACCGCCUUUUAUCCAAUUUUGAAUAGCAUUGUAAUAUCAAAUACCAACAAAUGGUCCAAUGUUGUUCCACAUAUACACGGUUUGUUUGUCUCCCUACAUUGGAUUCUGUGAAUGGGAUGCAAUGCUUAUCCUGUUUUUCAUUCAA